CGGCGGCGCCAGUCGGCCGAGGAGCCGGAGCGGGACCGGCCGGGCAGAGCGAUGCGCGGCUGCAGCGAUGGCCAAAUGGUUCAAGGAGCACCUGAGCUUCAAGAGCAGCAAGGGUCCCCCGCAGCCCCCCAAACCCGACUACCGGCUGCGCUCGGGCGGGCAGCCCGACAUCCUGACCGCCUACAAGCUGCAGAAAGAGCGGGACUUCGAGGACCCUUACACCGGCUCCCGGGGCUGCAGCGCUCCGGCUCCCGGGGCUCCCGGCUGCGGGACCGGCUCCUGCCCGCUCCCCAACCCCGCCAAGAAAGGCGCCGCCACCGCCGAGGUCAGGUACAUCUCGCCGAAACACCGGCUCAUCAAAGUAGAAAACCCCGAGAAAAGCGGUGGCAAAUCGGCCGGUUCCCCCGAGGAUCAGCAGGGCAAGGUCAUUAUUCUUGAAGACUAUGCAGAUCCAUUUGACGCUCAGACUGGUGUGACCCAGGCUGGACAGGAGAAAAUGGCGGGAAAUGAUGGCUACAUGGAACCGUAUGAGGCUCAAAGAAUGAUGGCGGAGAUACGCCGGAGAGGGUCAAAGGAUGCUUCCAGCAAGUCGCUGCCCCUGUAUGACACGCCCUACGAACCCACGGAGAACGGUGGAGACUCAGACACGGAGAAGGUGUCCUCUCAGCGGCCUCGAGAGAGCCGUCUCCCUGAGGAUGACGAACGGCCGCCUGGCGAGUACGACCAACCCUGGGAGUGGAAGAAGGACCGGAUCUCAAAGGCUUUCGCAGUAGAGAUUAAAGUAAUUAAAGAGCUGCCUUGGCCUCCACCGGUGGGACAACUGGACAGAGCACUGCCUGACCAGAAAGGGGACGUGCUGCCUUCUCACUGCCACCUCGUGCAUCAGCACCAGCUCCCGCAGACUCAGCCCACGCUCGAAGACACCAGUGUUCAGUUUGACGAGGUGGACAAGAAUCGGCAGUCUCCGCCCAAGGAGAAGGUCUGGCAUCACAAUCGCCUGUCGGGGCCCAACCUGAAAUCACUGAAGCACCAGAGCCUGGAGCUCAGCGGAGCUCUGGGGGAGAGGGUGGAGCCUGACCUGCCCCUCGUCAGCCAGACCUGGUAUCACGGGGCCAUCAGCCGGACGGAUGCCGAGAACCUCCUGCGCUUGUGUAAGGAGGCCAGUUACCUAGUGAGGAAUAGCGAGACCACCAAGAAUGACUACUCCCUCUCACUGAAGAGUAACCAGGGAUUCAUGCACAUGAAACUCACCCGGACCAAAGAGAGCAAAUACAUCCUGGGCCUGAACAGUCCACCAUUUGACAGUGUGCCAGAAGUAAUCCACUACUACAGCAGUCGCAAGCUGCCCAUUAAAGGAGCUGAACACAUGUCCCUCCUGUACCCCGUGGCUAUCAGAACACUAUAGCGAUGGACGCAAGUUCCGCAGGCACAGAAUUUUAUCUUGUAGGCACGCACACACUCGCUCACUCACGCAGAGGCAGCCCUCUGAUCUUUGACCUUCAGCCAGUGACAAGAAGAACUGGAGGGCUGGUGUCAGACGUUGAUCCCACAGAGCUGCUGUUACCCUAACACCAAUCACACCCAUCCGAGAGCACACCGCUCACUGCAAACCCAAUGCAUGGUGCUGACUGGAAGUCCCAGUUUGGCCGCCAUAUUAAGGACUUACAGAAACUAUCUGUGUUGCAACUUCUCGGAAGUCUGGACUGCUGUUGAAAUCCUUACUUGAUGACUAUUUAUGCAGAGUUUUUCCUGUUCUUUUCUAGGGGCUUUAUUGAGCCUGGGAGAUCUCCAAGGUGUAAGGGCACUAAACAACCCCCAAUUUAGUCCUAACUUAGCAGUUUGUCUGAAGGAUAAUCAGAUGGGAAUUGAGAACUGAAAUGCUGGUGCAUUCAGAGGUGAAGGUUUGGUACAAAGCAAGCAACUUGGUGGACAGUGUAGAGGGAGCUUUACUCUGUGUUUAAGCCCUGCUGUCUUUGCCCUGGGAGUGUGUGAUGGGACAUUGUAGACGGAGCUUUACUCCUUAUCUAACCUGUGCUGUUCCUGUGAGUGGGAGUGUGUGAUGGGUCUUUGUAGAGGGAAUUUUACUCUGUAUCUAACACCUGCUGUCUCUGCCCUGGAAGUGUGUGAUGGGACAGAAUAGAGAGAGAUUUAUUCUGUAUUUAAUCUGUGCUGUCUCUGCCCUGGGAGUGUGUGAUGGUACAGUGUAGAGGGAGCUUAACUCUGUAUCUAACCUAUGCUGUCCCUGUCCUGGGGCUGUGUGAUGAGACAAUGUAGAGGGAGCCUUACUCUGUCUCUAACCUGAGCUGUCCCUGAGCUGAGGCCGUGAUCGAUAGCUGUGUGAAUCUGUGGAGUUUUCUCCCACAUUAACAUCUCUCACCUUGAAGAACACAAAUGGAAGCUGCAGUGAUAUCCAACGUUCGACCGCUCCCUAACAACUGAUCUGUGCCAAGCACCAAUCAUGGAAAAGGUAAUGACAACUUGCUCCUGACAUUUAAUCGAAGAAAAGAUGUGAAAGAUUCUGGAAUACUGGACAAGACAGGAGCUGCUUUCCUGAGAAACCGGUGUUAAGUGGUGGCUAGGGAAACAGUGCAGAAUAAAUUCAGCUAAAGAGCUUUGAAAAGGGUAGACAUUGCAUCUGACGGUGGAAGUUAAUGAGGCCUGUAGUAAUUUACUGGAGGCAAGUACUUAAAAUGGGGGACAAAGUGAUGUCUUUUAUAUGCCAAUAUCACCAGCAGUAAUUUUUUUACAGUUCCCAACCCUGGUGGGUUUUAAAACUUGUCCUUAUACAUUUAUAGUACCUGUUUACAUGUUCCAUUCCAACAAAGACAUUCCUUGCAGAGCAAUAGACGUUUACAAAGUAUUUACAGCUUAGAAACAGGCUAUUCGGCCCACAUGGUUCCUGCAUCCUCCCACACCCUUCCAUUCAUCCCUUACUGCAAUGUAGAAACAAGCCAUUCAGCCCAUCUAGCCUGUGCUAACCCAGAGCAGAGCAAUCCCAUCAGUCCCGUUUCCCCUUCCUUCCCUGUAGCUGUGUGUCUCAUUGCCCAUUAACUCCCCUGACAUUUACCUAGAGUAAGGGGAAAGUUAACUAACCUACCAACCCACACGUCCUUGGGAUGGGCAAGGAAUCCAGGACACCUGGAGUAAACCCACGCAGUCACAGGGAGAAUGUACACACUCCACGCAGACAGGUCAGUGUUGAACCCAGGUCUCUGGAGCUGUGAGGCAGCGGCUCGGUCAGCUGCAGCCCUGUGGGUUUAUCCAGCUUCUCUUUGAAACCAUUACUGCUGUGCAUCCCAACCACGUUCUAAAUUCCCGUCACUACCUGGGGAAGCAAGUCUCUGAUUGGAUAGGCCAUCCCAGACUAAUGGCCCUUAAUUCUGGUCUCACACAAGAGGAAGUCGCUGUCUCUCCCCCGGUGAACCCUCAUUAUAUUAAAGAUCUCGAUCAGCUCUCAGACAACACUGGAACGCAACGAGCAUCAGCCAAAGACACUCCUCUGGGUGAAAUCCUGUGAUGGGACAGGUUGGGAAUGUGGUUCAGUUUUGUGAGUGUGGGAGAGAUCCCAAGAACAGGCGAACUGAAGUACACAGUUGGGCUUCCCGAUCCCACCAAGCCCGGAUUUCAAUCUGCUGGUCUCGGUAACAGUGAUGUGGUUGGAUUUGUGUUGAACCCUCAUCCUGUGAGCUGUGGGGUACGGAAUCUGCCAUCCUUCGCUGCUCUGGGGAUAGACAUCAUCCCCGACUCACACAUGGUUGUCCACCCCAGCAAGCACUUGAAUCCAGUGGUUACUGGGCAGCAAGGGUUGGGCAAUAACAAAGAAAAUCUCUCCUGGAGAGGUGGUGACAUGAUGUCCAUGGCGUUGACCUUAAUCCCUGUGGCCUGGUGAACAACGAUGGUGACCGUUGUGUAGUUACAAGUGGGAGAGACCCAGCUCUGGGUCAGGCUGCUCAACACUGAGGUGAGCACUCAGGUGGGACACUGUCUGGUGCAGACACUUAGGUUGAAGAGAGAGGGGGGUAGCAGUCACUGGAGGUGAGAGACCAGGCUGGGGGGUGGGGGAUUCCUGCUGUCAAUACCAAUGUGCAGAUGUUAGGAGAGGUCACAUCUGGACUCAGCUGAGGCCAAAUGUCCAAAUGACACCGAGGACUAGAGGGUGAAGAGUGAGCCCAGGGAUCGUUACCAGGACCUUGGGUCAAUCUGGUCUGGAUCUAGUCUGGGUCAGUCUGUCCUGGGUCACUGUAUUCUGGGUCAGUCUGGUCCAGUUCUGGUCUGGAUCAGUCUGGUCUGGGUCAGUCUGCUCUGGGUCACUAUUCAGUCUGGUCUGGGUCAGUCUGUCCUGGAUCAGUCUAGUCUGGGUCAGUCUGUCCUGGGUCAGUCUGGUCUGGGUCAGUCUUGGUCAAGAGAGGAAGGAAGAAACUGAAGUGAGAAGCUGCUCACAACAGAAGGAAUCUCCCACAGCCAGUCAGCCCACACUGCUUGAAGCUUACACAACGGUGCAAGUGGUUCAGAAGAAUUCCCUUAAAUGGUGCCCUGCACUGUGGAGCCUUUUCGGUAUGUUAUUUAUUAAAAAUAGUAACUGAUCUGCAGCACUUGUGGUGUCUGGGAUGAUGCAUCAAUGAUCAUUAAAUUUCGAUGCUUGU